AUGGCGGGAUACCUUGCCGCUACCUUGGCCCCAAUCGAGCAAGCAAGAACUCGAUCCCUCUCCCUAGGAAGCGCCGUCACCUCUAGCAGUAGUGCCCUUUCCUGGGCCAUCGGCCAACUCCCAGCGCUCGUCCAUUUAACUCGCCUCUCCCUGGAGUUCGCAUCGGCCUCUGCCGUACGGCUACCCGCCACUCUCCAGGCGCUCAGCGGCCUGCAAGCGCUUUCGUUAGUCGUGGAUGCCGUGCAGUCGCAGGGGCAGUCGCAGGGCCACGCUGCUGUGAGUGAUGAUGGUGAUGAACCGUAUGCGGACGGUGCCGGUGGCGGCGGCGGCGGCGGCGCUGCUGUUGCGGCUGGGACCUCCCUCCUUGGCGGCGGCGGCGGUGGGGCCGGCAGUGCAGGCUCCAGAGGUGCCGCCGCCGCAGCAGCGGCCGCGGCGGCAGCAGCUGCCGUCAGCGGCGCGGCCGCUGUCGGCGGCAGCGGCUCUGCCCCAGCUGCGCAGCACGUUCCGCCUGCUGGUUUGCUUCCGCUGCUCUCCCGCUUGAGCUCGCUGACCUCCCUGGAGCUAGCCAAUAUUGCGGUGUCGGUGCCCGACGUGCUGUCCGCCGUACGACGCGCUGUAAACGCGGCCUCCGCGGCCGCCGCUCCCGCCAGUGGACCCCCCACCGCCGCCGCGACUCCUUUCUCGCGCAGCGGCGGCGGCAGUGGCGGUGGCGGCCUCCGUCGUAUCGUCCUCAAAGGCAGCGGUGUAAAUCUGACGGGGGUGGGCGACCCGGAGGCCCUGGCACAGCUGGCUAUGCUAGAGGGAGUACGGCACCUCACCCUGGCUGGUAUGGACUACGCCUGGGCCGCCGCCGCCGGCUACCACCACCGACGGGCCGGAUUCGACAGCAGCAACGACCUGCAACAGUACGACAUUGCCGCCGCCGCCGCCGCCAACGGUCCAAAUGACGUAUUCGCCAACGGCGGCAAUGCUGCCCAGCACCAACACCCGUACCCGUACGACAUGUUUGGGGCCUUGGGCGGCGUCGUCGACGGGUUUGAGGAGGGGGCCGCCGCUGCCGCUGCCGCCGCGGCUUCCGGCCGGCCCCUCGCCUUCCUGCUGUGUCUGCCGCAGCUUGCCUCAUUAAGCCUGUCUGGGUCCUUUCUGAGGACGUUGCCUAAUCGGGACAUCGGCGGUUUGGCGGCGCUGACGGCGCUGGAUCUGUCGGGCAACGGCAUCGACGACCUGCCGCAAGGUCUCGCCUCCCUGCCCCUGCUGUCGCGACUUGACGUGUCCCACAACGAGCUGGUGUCGCUACCGGCCUGGCUGGGGCAUUUGCAGUCCCUGGAGUCACUGUCGUGUCACCACAACUGCUUGGAGCGUUUCCCCUCUCUGCUGUACGACCUAACCCGGUUGUCGUACUUGGCCCUAGGACACAACCGCAUUAGCUGGUGGCCAGUGGAGUGCGUUCUGCCCCGCGACCGCCGACUCGCUGCAGCCUCUGCCGCGGGCAUCAACCUCCCGCCCUCCUCCGGCUCCGCUUCGCCUGCCGCCGCCGCCUCCCCCGCCCAUUCCGCCGGCGGCGCCGCCGCCGCCGCCGCGACGUCGCAGCCCCUUUCUCUGGUUUCCCUGGACUUAUCUCACAACCGUUUGUUCGGUUUGCCGGGCGGUUUACCGUUGCUGUGCGUGCUGCGGUCCCUGCGUCUGCGGGAGAGCCUGGCGGGAUUGGAUGGGCCGGGUACGGCAAGGGCGAUGGCGCUGCUGGCGGGUUUGACGCCACUGAGGGAGUUGGAUCUCUCGUCCAAUCACCUCGACCAGCAUGCCAUCGUACCGCUAUCGGAGCUGCGGGGACUGAGGCAAUUAUGGCUCGCGGAUAAUGGACUUGAGGAACUUCCGCUAGGCUUGGCACAUCUGAGUCACCUGACAUUACUCAGCCUGCGCGCCAACCGCUUUACGGAGGUUCCUGUUUGCCUUCGUUGGCUGUCCUCCCUCGAAGCUCUGGAUCUGUCCUGCAACCGACUGUCCGAGCUGCCGUCCUGGAUCGGCGGCGAUUGCAACAUUAACGGUCAUCCUAACGACCACACCAACGGUCACGCCGCCGUAAACCAACUUCCCAACGGUCAUUCCAAUGACCACACCACCUACUCCCAUUGCCGUCGUUGCAGCGGCAACGGUUAUGCCAACGGUUACAGUAACGGCCAACAGCAGCAGGCGAACCGCUCCAAUGAGCAGGGUCCUCUCCCCCCCGGGCACCUGGGGCUGGUGGGCCUUCGUCACCUCGACGUGUCGCAGCAGUACUCGGUGGUUGUACGGGAGAGCCCGGUGCCGUACAUACCGCCCCGACUGGUACGUUGGCAGAGGGGUGGCUGCGGAGGUCCAGCCGCCGCACUGCCUGUACGGCCCUCUGCAGCUCCGUCAGCAGCGAUCGUGUAA